AUGAGAAAUCACACAAUGGUGACUGAAUUCAUCCUUCUGGGAAUCCCUGAGACAGAGGGCCUAGAGACAGCCCUUUUAUUCCUGUUCUCCUCAUUUUAUUUAUGCACCCUCUUGGGAAACGUGCUUAUCCUUACAGCUAUCAUCUCCUCCACUCGACUUCACACUCCUAUGUAUUUUUUCUUGGGAAACCUCUCCAUCUUUGACCUGAGUUUCUCUUCGACAACUGCUCCCAAGAUGCUGUUCUACCUUUCAGGGAACAGCCACGCUAUCUCAUAUGCAGGCUGCUUGUCCCAGCUUUUCUUCUACCAUUUCCUAGGCUGUACCGAGUGUUUCCUCUACACAGUGAUGGCCUGUGACCGCUUUGUUGCCAUAUGUUUUCCUUUGAGAUACACGUUCAUCAUGAACCACAGGGUGUGCUUUACGUUGGCCACAGGGACCUGGAUGAGUGGCUGUGUCCAUGCCAUGAUCCUAACAUCCCUCACCUUCCAGUUACCUUACCGUGGCUCUAACAAGGUGGGCUAUUACUUCUGUGAUAUUCCUGCAGUGUUACCUCUAGCCUGUAAGGACACAUCCUUAGCCUAGAGGGUAGGUUUUACAAAUGUUGGUCUUUUGUCUCUCAUUUGCUUUUUUCUCAUCCUUGUUUCCUAUACUUGCAUUGGGAUUUCCAUAUCAAAAAUCCGCUCAGCAGAGGGCAGGCAGCGGGCCUUCUCCACCUGCAGCACUCACCUCACUGCAAUCCUUUGUGCUUAUGGGCCAGUCAUCAUCAUCUUUCUACAACCCAAUCCCAGUGCUUUGCUUGGUGCCAUAAUUCAGAUAUUGAAUAAUCUGGUAACCCCAAUGUUGAAUCCACUAAUCUAUAGCCUUAGGAAUAAGGAUGUAAAAUCAGCCCUGAGGAAUGUAUUUCCCAAGAAAAGCUUUGCUCUGGGAAAUAAAUGA